AAAAUGCAGAUCUUCGUGAAGACCCUGGCUGGCAAGACCAUCACUCUGGAGGUGGAGCCCAGUGACACCAUUGAGAAUGUGAAGGCCAAAAUCCAGGAUAAAGAAGGCAUCCCCCCUGACCAGCAGAGGCUCAUCUUUGCAGGCAAGCAGCUGGAAGAUGGCUGCACUCUUUCUGACUACAACAUCCAGAAAGAGUCCACCCUGCACCUGGUCCUCCGUCUAAGGGGUGGCUGUUAAUUCUUCAGUUUUGGCAUUCAUAGUCCCCAGUGAUGGCCACUAUUCUGCAUUCUAGCCAUUUUUCCCAGUUUAAGUUUAGAAAUUACCAGUUUCAGUAAUAGCUGAACCUGUUCAAAGUGUUAAUAAAGGUUUCAUUGCACGGUAAAAAAAAAUAAAU